AUGACUUUUCCAAGUUCACACUUUCAAGGCACUCAUGACCAUGAAGCCGGCCCGAGUAGAAUUACACAUGUUAAUGAUGUUGCACUUGGUCGUACGUUCGUAAGACCCCAUCAAUCUAUCAACAACACUCAGUCUGGUAGUACAGAUGAUAUGCCUGUUGAUGGAUCUUUGGAGGAUGUAGCAACAUCGGAUGUUAAUAUGGAAGGAAGAGAAAACAAUGCCUCAUCGUGUCAUCCUCAAUCCUCGCGACAUCUUUUUCGAGCAAGAUAUAAUAUUGCUCGAAAUUUCAAAAAUAACAUGGUGAUGGCAAAAUCUCGGUUGCCUAAUCCAACUACCUGUAGACGUUGCAACGCAAGACUGUUUCACCACGAAUCACGUGACACAUGUUGUUCUGGUGGGAAGGUAUCGUUUCCAAGGGUUGAUGCUCCUACAGAAUUGCAAGAACUAUUUUUGGAUGGUUCAGUAGAAGGAAAACAUUUUAGGCAGCAUAUUCGAAGUUACAACCAUGUCUUCUCUUUCACUUCGAUUGGUGUUCACGUCGAUGAAUCUAUUCUUGCAUCUGGUCGUGGUAUAUAUACAUUUCGUGCUCAAGGAGCUUUUUACCAUAACAUCGGAGGUUUCUAUCCUAAUGAGGGUGACAGGCCACGCUUCCUACAGUUAUACAUCUAUGACACAGAUAACGAGCUACAUUAUAGAAUGCGGGAAAAUCCACAACUAGAUGAAUCUGUGGUUCAAAAACUACAACGUUUGCUCCAUCAGUAUAAUCCUUUCGUAAUUAGGUUCAGACAACUGUCCUUACUUCCAAAUAUCAGUGACUGUAGCCUCAUACUCAAAGAGCGUCCAAGUAAUCACCCUCAAUAUAAUCUUUCAUCUGCGGAACAAGUCGCUGCAAUUAUUGCUGGAGGUGAUACUGAAUCUAUGGCAUAUGGAAGGGACAUUAAUGUCAUUCGCCAUGAUGGAAAUCUAAAGAAAGUACAAGAAACAAAAGGAUAUUAUGAUCCCUUGCAGUAUCCUAUAUUGUUUCCAUUUGGGACGCAUGGUUGGGAUGUUAACACGGCAAAUUGUAAUGGGCGAAGAGUGUCAUGUCGAGCGUAUUACAGCUACAUGCUUCAGAUUCGUCCAAGCGAUCAAUCAAUGUUGUUAAAUGCGGGUCGACUAUUACAACAAUAUAUCGUAGACAAUUAUGUCAAAAUUGAAUCAGGGAGGUUAAGGUGGAUUCGAGAACACCAGGCAAAUAUACGUGCUGAAGUGUACCAAGGUUUACAAGAUGCUUUGCAUGUUGGUGAAACUAAUGCAGAAAAUAUUGGAAAAAGAACAAUAUUACCAUCAUCAUUUAUUGGAGGUCGCCGAGACAUGACACAACGUUACGAAGAUGGCAUGGCUAUUGUUCUUAAUAGCGGUAAACCAGAUAUUUUUUUGACCAUGACGUGCAAUCCUUCUUGGUGUGAGAUAACAUCAGAACUGCUGCCUUUUCAAACACCACAAGAUCGCCCAGAUUUACUAACGAGAAUAUUUCGUGCUAAAUUCGAGCAAUUGAAGGAUGAUGUCAUUAACAAAGGAGUCUUAGGAAAGGUUAAAAGUUACAUGUAUUUCACUGAAUUUCAAAAACGAGGAUUGCCGCAUGUGCAUAUGUUGUUGGUCUUGGAAAGUAACGACAAGUUGCGUGACCCAAAAGAUUACGAUAGUGUGGUUAGAGCUGAAAUACCUAAAUUAGAAUGUGAACCACAAUUGCAUGAAGUAGUUGUAAAACAUAUGAUCCACGGGCCUUGCGGCGUACUCAAUCAAAGAUCUCCAUGUAUGAAAGAUGGCCAAUGUAAAAAAAGGUAUCCCAAACAAUUUUGUGACGAAACACGCCAAGGCACUGACUCAUAUCCAGAGUAUAGGAGAAGGUUCGACGAACCUAUAUCUAUAGGUAGAGAUAGGUCUAUUGAUAAUAGAUGGGUGGUUCCUUAUAACCCUUGGUUACUGUUAAAAUAUGACUGUCACAUCAAUGUAGAGGUUUGCAGUAGUAUUAAAAGUAUCAAGUAUCUAUACAAAUAUGUGUACAAGGGCCCUGAUCGUGUGUCUAUGGAGGUUCACAAAGGAUCAUACAUGGACGAAGUACAGCAAUAUGUUGAUGCAAGAUGGAUUUGUGCUCCCGAGGCAAUAUGGAGAAUUUUCCGAUUCACUCUUUACCGAUUAUAUCCUUCUGUUGAAAGACUACAGAUCCACUUGCCAGACCGUCAUCAAGUGCGCUUUUAUGAACAUCAAAGAAUUGCAGACGUCUUAAAUAAUGAACGCAACUCCAAAACAAUGCUCACACAAUUCUUUGCGCUAAAUCAAAGAGAUUCGGAGGCAAGGAGUUAUCUAUAUAGAGAGAUACCAGAGCACUACUGUUGGAACAAUAGGGGCAAGGAAUGGCAUCGCAGGCGAUCAACGAGAAAAGUUAUUGGAAGAAUCUAUACAGUAUCACCUUCGGAGGGGGAUAAGUUCUACUUGCGAUUAUUGUUAUCUCAUGUCAGAGGUCCAACCAGUUGGGAAUAUCUUCUUACAAAUAACGGCAUCCCAUUUAAUACAUUUAAAAAGUCAGCCGAGGACCGAGGAUUAUUAGAGACUGAUCAUAGUAUUCGUGAUUGUUUGGUUGAGGCUACGGGUCUCCAAAUGCCAUAUGCUUUAAGGAGGUUGUUCGUGACGAUUCUAAUAUUUUGUGAACCUACUGAUGUUAGAAGUCUUUGGAAUGAGUUUUUUACACAUAUGACAGAGGAUUAUCAUCCAAUGAACAAUGGCGUGGAAUUAUUCUUGACUAAUAUGUUGUUGAGGGAUUUGAAUGAACUCUUAGGCCAACAUGGCAAAAAAAUUGAAGAUUAUGAUCUCCCAUCAUUAUCCCCUGAUACAAUAGAAGCGAAUGUAAACCCAAGUGUCAUACAAGAGGAGUUAGCGGUUGAUAUCCCAAAUGAAGAUAUUGAAGCUGUUGCUAAGUUAAAUAAUGACCAGAUGAUUGCAUUCAAAACCAUCAUGAAUGUCAUUGAUCAAAAAUCCAGCGGGAUAUUUUUUGUUGAUGGCUCGGGCGGAACAGGUAAAACAUUCCUUUAUCGAACAUUAAUGGCAACUUUACGAAAUAUAGGGGAUAUUGUCUUAGCAACUGCAUCAUCUGGCAUAGCUGCAACGCUGUUGCCCGUUGGUAGGACUGCACACUCUCGAUUUAAGAUACCUAUCGAGAUACAACCGGGUUCCAUCUGUGGUAUUCAAAAGCAAAAAGAUCUUGCAAACCUCAUUAGAGUGGCAGCUGCAAUAAUUUGGGAUGAAGCCCCCAUGAUAAACAAAAAUUGUUUAGAAGCCUUAGAUCGAUCAUUGCAAGAUAUUUGUAGCAACAAUGCUCCAUUUGGUGGAAAGGUUAUGGUCAUGGGAGGAGAUUUUCGUCAAGUUCUUCCUGUUGUAAAGAAAGGUACUAAAGCGCAAAUGAUUUCGGCGUGUAUUGUUCAGUCUCAUUUAUGGGCACAUACCAAAAUUUUGCGGUUGCGUCAAAAUAUGCGGUCACUCCAUGACCAAGAGUUUGCAGAAUUCCUUAUUCGCAUCGGUGAUGGUGUUGAACCUACCAAACCAGAUGACAUGGUGAGGUUACCUUCACAGAUUGCAAUCCCGUGGGAGGGUGAAAAUUCUAUACAAGUACUUAUCCAACAUGUUUUUCCUGAAUUAGAAUUGCAUGGAUGGGAUGCCCCUUAUAUGGUACAGAGAGCUAUUUUGACCCCAACAAAUGACGAGGUUCAAAAGUUGAAUGAUAUAAUCAUCGAUCGGUUUCCAGGAGAAGAACAUGAUUUAUUGUCGUUUGACGAGGUUGAAGGGGAUACUCAUAAUUUAUACCAGCAAGAAUUUUUAAACUCAAUUGCACAGGGUAGUUUGCCACCACAUAUUCUAAAGAUAAAAAAAGGUGCACCAUUAAUGUUGUUGCGAAAUCUAGAUCCUAGAUAUGGACUGUGUAAUGGGACACGACUAUUAUGUCGUGGUUUAUUUAUGAAUAUGUUGGAUGUGGAAAUCUUGACAGGAAGCAACGCGGGAAAAUGCGCUUUCUUUAGAAAGCAGUUUCCUGUACGACUAAGUUUUGCAAUCACAAUAAAUAAGGCACAAGGACAAACCAUUCCAAAUGUUGGAAUAUAUCUUCCACGACAUGUUUUCAGUCAUGGACAGUUAUAUGUGGCUUUAUCCAGAGGUGCCUCACAGACUACGACAAGAGUUUUGAUUAGAGAGGGAAAAUUACAGGGAGAAGAUGGCAAGCUAAAAUACAGUGAAAUCUUUCAAUUAUGUAAGGAGUUGAGACAAAAGAAUGUUGAACCUCACUACAACACAAAAAUGGGACACUUUGAAGAUAAAUGGAGCACAUGGAAGGACGAACAAACUAUUUCUUCCAUCGACAAACCCGACAAUAAGGUAAAACGUUUGCAGAUUUACUCUCUCGGUUGGUGCUCCACCGUCAUAACAGAUAAAACACAACUUUGGAAAAUGGUGAAAAGAGAAAUAUUAUCUCAAAGGAUAGAGAGCAAGAAUCCAUGUAAUUCAAGCAUCGAAAAGAGUUGUUGUUCUACCAAAUCUACACUAAAACAAAACAUCUCUAUUCUUCAGUUUUUUAAAACUCAAGAUUUCAUUGAUAAAGGGGUGUAUGAAGAAUUGAUUCGACUAUUUUCAAGGGAAAAAGAUAAUUCUUCCCACGAAGAAUUCAUGUUCGGCCUUUCUCAUAAGGAGCGUCAUUGA